UCCCCAUGGCUCACUGUGAUGGCUCUCGGCUCGGGAACUUUUCGGCCCCGGUGGAAUCGAUGAGGCUCGCAUUCGUAUAGCGUUGGUCCGAGCGUUCGGUUGAAUUUUCGAGCCAGUGAUUUUCCACAAACGCGCGUUUUUCCACCGUGAGUGACCGCAUUGUGAUCUGUGGUGAGUGACAAAAAGGGAAGCAAUGAAAUUCCAAACCGUGACCUGCUGUGUGCUGUGGUGAUACCGAUUGUGGGUGAUUUGGUUUUUCGGUGGAGAGAAAGUUCUGGGGCGAGUUAAAAUGGUAGUGAGCACGAGUACCCCAAUCGGGGGGUUGACAAACGGUGGCCAAGGGAUGGUGGGCACAAUCUUACGCAUGUACAAACCACGCACACCGCGAGGUUCAGUGUCAAAGUUCCCCAGUGUCGGUAAGCUUUCGGUGGUCAGUGCGGAUAUUAACUACGAAUCCAUUCCGGGCACGGUCGGUGGUAGCGAUGGUAACAAUAAUCGUGUUGCACACAGGGUGCUAGAUUACGGCGAUGAAGUUGCUGGCUGUGAUGAUGCGAAACAGCUAGUAAAGUUCGGUGCGGAGAAGCAGGCGAGCUCCAAGUGGCCCGAUGGUUUGGAGGUCGAUGGCGAUGCGAAAGGUGCGUACCGAUUUGCCGAUACGGGAGUGCGUUCUGGUGGUGAUCGGUUGGAUGGAUCGUGUUCCGGGUCGUCGUCCGGCGUUAUUAUCGGUAAACCGGUCAACUUGAUGCUGUCCAAGAUGUCGCUGCUGUGGAACACGAGCGGCUGGUUGCGGAUCUACUGUGGACCGGAUCGUAGCGAGAUCAGUGCGGAGGAUCGUAGCCGCAUGAUACAUGUGGUCACGACGGCAACCACACUGGACGUGGUGAAAGAUAUGAACCUGCCGGCUGAUUACACCCUGUGGGUACAGAUCGGUGGCGGCCGGACGCGACGGUUGGAAGAAAACGAGUAUCCACUGUUGGUGCAGGAGGAAUUCUUGAAGUCGCUCGGUUACUUCGACGAGUCGCGCCGGGCCCGGCUCGGUAUCGAUCCGGAGCUGAAGUAUCUGAUCCGGUUCCACAUAGGCCCGGCCGAGAUACCGAUGUGCAAGGGUGUGCUCCGAUCGGGCACGGUAGAGCUGCUGAAGGGGUUGAUGUUUCCUCAGUGGCGUCGCCGACAUUUGGCGAUCGUUGGUAGCAAGUUGAUCCUCUAUUCCGGAAGUUCUACGUUUCCACCGGAAGUGUACGAACUGGCCGGUGCGAACGUGUUCGAGCAUGCCCCGUGCGACAACCGGCUGAUGAUCAAGAUCGUACCGAAGUGUGGCAGCUCGUCCAGCGCCCGGGACAGUCUCGACCGGGACUCGUCCAUUGCCAGCGUGGAGUUUAUCGAUUGUUCCGGAACGGUUGGUGUGUAUCCCGGAUCGGCGGCAGCCCCAGCCAGCCAUUCGGCCGACCGUGAAACGGUACUGUUCCUGGGCUUCCGUGAGUCUUGGGAGCGCGACCAGUGGAGCGUCUGGCUGUCGGUGGAUGAACCGGACCGCAGCACUAGCCAGAGGUUGGAUCUGGAUGAUUCCGGGCUGCAGCAGAUACCGGACAUCUUUCUGCAGGCACCGACCGCCGUCGAGGAGUUGCUGGCGGGUCGCAACAAGCUGCAAGAGAUUGCCCUCCGUGCGUUGGGCCAGUUUACGUACCUGAAAGUGUUGCGCUUGAACGGGAAUGCGCUGAAAGAGUUCCCGGACAGUCUGUACAGUUUGCGCGCCUUGCGGCUGCUGGAUUUGAGCGAGAACGAAAUACGCAGGCUGCCGGAUAGUAUAAGUGCACUCAAGAGCUUGGAAGAGUUUACAAUCGAAAGGAAUGAGUUACGCGAACUGCCCGACAGCCUGAGAGCACUCCCGAGCUUACGGAUCUUGAAUGCGGCCUACAACCAGCUGGAACAGUUACCAUCCUUCAUGGUGAACAACAUGCGCUCGAUGACUCUGUUUCAACGAAACGACUCUCUUCGGAAUGGACACCAGCAGCAACGGGAUGGGUCGCAGAAGAGCGACGAUAAGCCGGACAUACCGCUCACUAAGGUGAAUCUGCGAGGCAACCAACUGAAAGGAAGCAUUAUUCUUGGAAACUAUGGACUCCUAACGCAGCUAGAUGUGAGUGAAAACUCGAUCGAGGUUAUGGACCUGUCGGCGCUGGACAAGCUGGAGACGAUCCAGUGCUGUCGGAACAGUUUGCGCGAGCUAACACUCAGUGGACGGAAUCUUCACUCGUUGAUAGCGGGCAACAAUAAUCUCACGAAAAUAUCUGUCCGCGCGACACCGACCCACCUGAAGCACAUGGACCUUAGCUUCAACUGUCUGCAGGAGCUGCCCGACUGGUUGGUCGGUUGCCACCAGCUAAGGACGCUGUACGCGAACAACAAUCAGAUCCACACGAUCUCGGAACAUCUGCUCAACAACGAGCAUGCGACGAUCCAGACACUGCACCUAGCGUACAACCGGUUGACCAACUUCCCGCCGAUGGUGAAGCGGAAACUCCCGCUGCAAAAGCUCUACCUGCAGUGCAAUCUUAUCGAGGAUUUGCCGGAAAACUUCUUCAUCGCUUGCGAGCGUUUGACGAUCUUGAACGUGUCGAGCAACAAGCUGAUGACGUUACCGAUCAUUUUCGGAUCGAGUUGCAGCUUGGAGCGACUGUACGCGACCAACAACUCGCUCACCGAUCGCGUGCUGGACUCGUUGAUCUGUUUGCCCCGCCUGCGCGUGCUUCACCUGGGGUACAAUCUGCUGACGACCAUGCCCGAAACGUGCAUUAGCUGCUGGGGCGAUCUGGAGGAGCUGGUGAUCUCGGGUAACAAGUUGCGCCAUCUGCCGGAAAAUCUAGCCAACAGUGCGAGCUUGAGAGUGCUGCGGGUGCACUCGAACCAGCUACAGUCGGUACCGAGUUUGGGCAGGACGAUUACACUCCGUGUGCUGGAUCUUGCCCACAAUCAGCUGGACAAAGUGAACAUUGCGUCUUUGGUGCCGCGAAAUCUGCAAUUCCUCGAUUUGUCCGGCAAUCGACAGUUGCAGGUGGAUGCACAACAGCUGCAGGCUUGCAGAACACAGCGCCCGAUGGCGCUGGUGGAUGUGUCGGGGAAGAAUCGGCCCUCACUACCAACAGCUCCCUUACCUUACCAGGAGCACGAAGACUACGAACCCUGCUGGAAGGUUGGAUUCGCCGAAACGAGCGGAUGUCUACCAAAGCUCUGCAUAGCACAACUUCGAUUGCCCGCAUUUUGCAACUCCGAAGGUCUGUUUGGCCUUUUCGACGGUGAGUCGAGCAACGGUGUACCGAACCUGCUGGUGAAAGCAAUCCCGAAGAUCCUGCUCGAGGAACGAACCGUCAAGGAAACGGCGAACGACUACAUGAAGUACACGCUGCUGUCGGCACACCGAGAACUCAAGCAGCGCGGUCAGCAAGAAUCGGUAAACGUUACGCUCUGUCACAUCGCCCGUAGUCGGCUUCCGUCUGAAGCGAUGAGCUAUCUGCCCCAAACGGUAGCCAGUGGACGGAAGUUCAUUCUGCGUGUAGCGACCGUGGGCGAAAGUUCCGCCGUACUGAUCAAACACAACCGCUGUGUGCUGCUGAACAAGGGAAGUCCAGCGAGAAAGCUGGGGCUGAGUGCCAACUUCCCAGUGACCGUGCCCGAUCCCGAGGUACAGGAGGUGGUACUAAGCGAUGCGGACGAGUAUCUGGUACUAGGGAACCGGAAGCUUUGGGAGGUGAUCACUAUGGAAACGGUGGCGGAAGAGAUCCGCAAGGAGGAAAACAUUCUGCUAGCGGCAAAGCGUGUACAGGACAUUGCGCAGAGCUAUGGGGCGGAGGAGAAUCUGAGUGUGAUGAUCGUACGGUUCAACAAUCUCGGCACGGAUGUGGAUUUCUUGAUGCGUGAGCUGCGUCAGACGAUCCGGAAAAAGCCGACCCUAGUCCAGGGUGGCACCGGUGUGAUAUCGGGGUUCUGUAAGUGUGGAUGUUGUUGCGAAACGAACAACAGCUGCUGUCAUUCGGCAGCGGCAGUUCAGUUUGUGCGACAUCCUUCGGGGAGGAGCGAUCGAUCAUCGCCCAGCGGACAGAGUGAUCAGACGAGUGGCAGUGAAACGGUCACCCUGCACGGAGUUCCCCGUUCGAAGGCUUCGGAUGUGAUCGGAGCUACCACGGGAGGGUCCGUGGUCAGUCGACGGCCUAACGCUACCUAUCUGGCGAACGAACGACGCAGUCUGCGGGGUGGAGUGGUACGUGCCGUUCGGGCGAAAAUCGAAGAGGAAAAGGAAAAGGAAGGUAUGGACGAGUCUGAUUCGGCCAUGUCCGAGGAACAGUUCAAGUGUUGGGAGUACAUGCUCGAACAGAACACUCAGCUCUUGUUCGACAAGGAGCUCAACACCAUCUCGCGGGGGUUUGUAGCGAAGCGGACAGGAACGCUCGGUAACGGAGCGUCCGAGGCAGGGACAAACUCGUCCGGAUCUACCGGUUCUGGGGCGAGCAAUCUGACAAAGCUACAGCUUAAGAACCUCUCCACAAGCUCACCACAGCUGGCACAGCUCGAGAGCGACAGUGGCCUAAACUCUUCCCUGGCCAGUGGAUACAGUGGCACGAUGAUGACGACCGCCCGUGCGACACCCUUCCUUUCGAAACAGUUCGGAUCGACGCGAUCCUUUCAUCCGACAUCCUCCCAGAGCUACUUCAAACCGAUCCAGUACAACACACCCGGUGGCGCAGCUCGUCCGCGACCCAUCAACACCGGCCCGAAUGCGGCCUACUUUGGAUCGCUGCAACGGUUGAUGCCCUACAACCUGGAGUACGAUGCAGCGACCGUGCAGGAUCGUUACGGUUCGAACGGGAACGUGAUCGAGCGGGACAGCACGCUCGAGCUGGACACGAUCGAUCCGGACGGUGGCCGGAUGCGACAGUACUGGGGCGUUGCUACGACGGAGCUGUAAACAUAAUCGGACACCAGUUCGGACACACAACGGCGACGGAAACGCAACGGAAACGUGUAAAUCGCACGGCUGCUCGCGGACCGUGGAUCCGGUUUGCCGGUGGCGCUGCUGUAUUUCGUUCCGAUCGAUCGAUCCUUUGCCGUUUGGUUUUGUUUGUAGCAAUAAAUUAAAUAAAUAUGUACACAUUUGAAUAGGAUACCGGAUACCAGUGUGUUUGUUUUGUGCUCUCUCUCUCUCUCUUUUUGUUGCCCUGUCACGAUGCGAUUGCCUCUAAUUGUGUAAGUAGAGCAGUAGAGUUCGCGGUAUGACUGUGUAUAUAGCUACAUAAUGUAGGACGUCAGUUCUCCUUUACACACAGAGGUGUUUUUGUGGGCUCUCGGGCUUAGAUUGACUCGUUUGGCAAGUGAACUGUCCUUAUCUACGGUUUCUUACCUUUGCCACUAAACAUUGGUCAACUUUGGAGCGCUGUCUGCUGUACAUCCGAUCUUACUUACACACUAGCACUACUACACUCAUCGGCUGAGCUUCUGAGCCUCUCCCCCCUCUUCAGCAAGAUUGAUCGAUUUUGAUUUUGUUUAAGUCUCCAAAGAAACCGUUUUGGCUACGUUUCGGCAAUGAGUUG